AUGUCGUCGCCUUCAUCGCAACAGACUCUCGUCGACGCUAUCCACGCCGCCUCGCCGGAGCUGCUGCGCGAAAUCCUGCUACGCAUUGCUUUCGUCGACCGGCCGUGCCGCGAAGCCGUCGAGCAAGAGUUCCUGGUGCAGACGGUGCAGUCGUCGUUCUCGAGGCUGAGCUGGGAUGGUUCAGCGCCGAGCCAGACGCGUAGCUCGUCAACCAAGCGGCGGCGGUACGAAUGCUGCGCCAGGUGCGAGAGGGAAUACGACGUCACCAAGAACGAUGGCGAGGCGUGCCGGUGGCAUCCGGGGGACUUGGUGGUGAACUGGAACACAGGAUUUUGGAAGUAUCAUAGGGAAGAGCGAGACGGAGCGAUUGAUUCGGCAGAGUCGCGCCAGAGGUUCCCGGAGAGGUUCCUGUGGAGUUGUUGCGGGAUGCAGGGAGACGUCAAAGAUGCAGGAUGCCAGACGGGCCACCAUGCAGAACAGGGGUAUUCGGAUAAGAGAGUGUCAGGCGUCAUGGCACCCCGGCAUGAGCCACCGCAGCUUGAGCCGAUUACGACCGCAAUUCUGUCUGCGACCCAUGAGCGGCUUCAGGACACCUUGAUCGACUUGGUUACGAAAGACAAGCACACGCGGGAGCUCUUCGAAAAAGCGCUUUUAGUGCCCGAGGCUGCCCCCACUGCUGGCGGGAAUGACUGCCUUCCUCUCCCGGAGGUGAACGUUGAUGCUCCUGCUAACACCAAGCGGAAGAGAUAUGAGAUGUGCGAGCAGUGUCACAAGGAAUUCGACACGACUUAA